GGGACCGUCAUUCGUAUGCGCGCGCAUAACCGCUUCGCGAAAUGUUUAGAGAAAGAUCGCCUUGAUGUUCGGAGCAUCUGUCGAAAGUGUCAUUAACGGAUCGCGCUGAUGUUGCUGAUGCUGUUCGCGGAAUCAAAAUCGGUCGACGCGAAAGAAACGAGUCUUCCAGUGGCCCACGGCUAAUUGAGCCGUUUCGGCUCGUAUCUCUCGGCUCGUCGAGAAUCAGGAGCGGGCAUAACAGUGUCAACAGGAACGUUAGUCGUGGAACGGACCACUGCGUGCACGUCAAAUUCGUCUGACCGGUGCGGGACCAUAAUUUAAAUCAACCAUGGCACAGGACAGUUCAGCCCCGAAACCCGCAGAGCAGUUCAAACUUAUACCAAAAAUUAUAAACGGAGGCAUUGCCGGAAUUAUUGGAGUAUCCGUGGUUUUUCCACUUGAUUUGGUAAAAACAAGAUUGCAGAAUCAAGUUAUUGGCCCGAAUGGCGAACACAUGUAUAAGUCAAUGUUUGACUGCUUCAAAAAGACUUACAAAGCAGAAGGUUACUUUGGAAUGUAUAAAGGAUCCGCUGUAAAUAUACUGUUGAUCACUCCUGAGAAAGCAAUCAAACUUACUGCCAAUGAUACAUUUAGGCACUAUCUUUCGCUUGGACCUGGACAACAAUUGCCAAUAGAACGUGAAAUGCUCGCCGGUGGCUUGGCAGGAGCAUGCCAAAUAAUUGUUACCACUCCGAUGGAACUGCUUAAAAUACAAAUGCAAGACGCUGGCAGAGUCGCUAUGGCAGCUAAAGAAGCGGGCAAAGUUGUGCCAAAGGUAUCCGCUUGGUCAUUAACGCUAGAUCUACUUAAGAAACGAGGUAUACUAGGGUUGUACCAAGGAACUGGCGCCACGGCACUUAGAGACGUAACGUUCUCUGUUAUUUAUUUUCCGCUGUUCGCUAGACUGAAUAAUCUUGGGCCAAAGCGAGAAGACGGUUCAUCUGUAUUCUGGUGUUCAUUCCUUGCCGGAUGCGCCGCCGGAUCGACGGCUGCAUUAAUGGUAAAUCCGUUCGACGUAAUCAAAACUAGACUGCAAGUUAUCAAAAAAGCACCUGGUGAUCCAACGUACAAUGGAGUGUUAGACUGUAUAUUGAAGACAUUUAGGAACGAGGGGCCGACGGCAUUCUUCAAAGGCGGCGCUUGCCGAAUGAUAGUCAUAGCGCCGUUAUUCGGAAUUGCACAAACCGUCUAUUAUCUCGGUGUAGCUGAGUGGCUGCUGGGAUUGAAGUGAAAUCGCCAUAUCGCCGAUUCGUGCCGUUCAAAUACUCUGGGAAAACUUGACAAUAAUCGUUGUAGAUCGUAGUUGUAUUUUUGCUUGAAAUUUUUGCUCUUCAAUAUUACAAUAAGAAUGUUGUUAAACGGGAUCUCGCGAUCGCUUAUAUACAAAGAAAAGUAAAAAAGUAUUAAUUGAAAUUGCCGUAAUUCUUGCAAGUCGCAAAUUAUAAUGGAUUCGUAUAUGAUUGAAUGGAAAUAUAUCUCUAUGUUUUACGUCCAUAUCCGCAAAGUGCAUUAAAAUUUUUAAUCAAAUAUUGUACAUUGGAUCGAUAUAACAUUCGUCUGAUGCAUUGUAUUCUUGCAACGUAAAAUAUAUCGUCGAUGGAUAUGUUGAAAUAUCAAAUCAUUAGGAAAAUGUAUGAUUACAAAUAUUUCACAAUUGUACCAAUUACGUAUUAUUCAGUAUUUAGAUCGUUUAUGCGUCUUUCCAUAUAAUAAUAGCAUUUCUUCAUCUCUUCCUCAUUUAUAGACUUUAUAAAAUAUAUGGUCUAUAAAUUAUAUGCGAGAUCCUGCCCACGAAUCAUGCUCGUUGUUAAACUAUGAAUGUAUCGGGAUCUUAAUUGUUAUAAACAUCUACUAAACUAGCCAAUUAUAGUCAAUUAUACAUGUACAUUAAAGAUAUUAAGCAGAUUCAA